UGAAUGUGUCAAACUAGGUUCUAUGUUCCCCGUUAACUAACCUCAAAAAUUCAUGAAAAAUGAAAUUAAAAUAAAAAAGUACAGGGCGUAAGAAGAAAAUUUUCAUUAUGACGAUGUUAAUUAAAAUUUUCCGCUCCACUUUGGGCAGACAAAUUUUGAACCAUACAACGAUGGAAUACGAUGAAUUGAAAUGCCUUCACACUAGCGUUAUACAAUAUAAAAGACGUAAAACUGGAGAAGAGAUAAAGACUUUCAAGUCCAUGCAAUAUCCGGAAAAGUCAAAAAUGCCCCUAAUACAAGUUUGGAGACAAAUUACUCCAAGAGAAUUGAGUCAGGUCUUGAACAAAGACAUGCAUUAUAUGUCUGAAUUAUUCGCAGACAAAAUGGUCCACCCUGAUUAUCCUAUAGACGAUAUGAAGUUGCUACAACUAGUUAUGAAAAGAGGAGGAUACAGGAUGGAAAUAAUCGGAAAACCGGUAAAUGAAUUGAAGGAAUUGGAAGAUUUAGACGUUCACCCUAGACCCAAACCAGAUAAGUCAUUGCUUCAACCUAGACCCCCAGUGGUAACCAUAAUGGGGCAUGUUGAUCACGGAAAAACAACACUUUUAGAUGCAUUGCGACAUACCAGCGUGGUUGAAAAAGAAUUUGGUGGCAUCACUCAACACAUUGGAGCAUUUUCCGUACAAUUAGAUUCUGGUGCAAAAGUAACAUUCCUAGAUACCCCAGGCCACGCAGCUUUUUACGCAAUGAGGGCGAGAGGUGCUAACAUAACAGACAUAGUGGUACUUGUAGUUGCCGCAGAUGAUGGAGUUAUGGAACAAACGGUAGAGUCCAUCAGAAUGGCCAAACAGGCAAGGGUUCCGAUCCUCAUCGCCAUAAAUAAAAUUGAUUCUCACAAAGCCGAUAUCGAAAGAACAAAGAGAACCUUAUUAGAAGCAGGUCUGCAAAUCGAAGAAUGUGGAGGUGACAUACAGUCUGUUCCUAUUUCCGCCCUGAAAAGACAGAACUUGGACGCCCUAGUCGAAGCUUUGGUUCUUCAAGCCGAACUGUUGGAGAUAAAAGCGGAUUAUACUGGUCCGGUGGAAGCCGCUGUGGUUGAGAGUAGGGUCGAUCCACACAGGGGAAAGUUAUGUACAAUAGUGAUAAAGCGAGGGACGUUGAAAAAGGGGUCCGUAUUGGUGGCAGGUACUGCAUACGGAAAGGUUCGAAGUAUAAGAGAUGCAGAUAACAGAUUGAUGGCACAAGCCACUCCGGGGUACGCUGUGGAAAUCGACGGUUGGAAAGAAUUCCCAUCGGCUGGAGAGUUAGUUUUAGAGGUGGAAUCUGAGAAGAGGGCCAGAGAAGUGAUAAGGGUACGAGAGAAGAAAAUGAGCCUCGAAAAAGCAGAAGCUGAAAAAGAAAUAAUAAUGCAGAAAGCGAAGGAACAUCGAGAGGAGUACGAGGAAAAAUUAAAACUCAAAAGGAAACUGGGAAGGUUCAAACUGAAACAGGAGGGUCCGAGGAGGCCAGAACUAGAAGAUGACCAUAGGAUACUGUUCAAUAUGAUAAUAAAAGGCGAUGUAGAUGGAUCCGUAGAAGCUAUAAUAGACACGCUGGACACCUACAAUUCCAAUCUUUGCGAAAUGGAUUUGGUGCACUUCGCUGUAGGAACAGUCACCGAGAGCGACAUAGAACUCGCCAAAGCUUUCAACGCUGUGAUAUACGCCUUCAACCUCGAUGUCCCGACACACAUUCAAGAAUUAGCCGAAAAAUCGGAGGUACCCAUAAAAAACUUCAACGUUAUCUACAAACUGGUGGACGACGUGAAGGACGAACUGAACGCGCGUGUACCCCCAGUUGAAGUUGAGGAAGUAGCCGGUGAGGCAACGGUACUGCAACAAUUCAUGAUAAAUCAGGGCAAAAAGCAGAUCCCUGUGGCGGGGUGUAAGUGUACCAAAGGAACAUUAAAGAAAAAUGGCGUUUUCAAGGUGAUAAGGAACGAUGAAAUAAUUUAUACCGGACCUUUGAGUUCUCUGAGGCAUCACAAGAACGAAGUUGAGACGAUUAAGGUGAAUUCGGAGUGCGGUCUGCAACUGAGCGAUAAAACUGUGACAUUCCAGCAGGGCGAUACUAUACAGUGUUUGGAAAAAGUGCUCAAACCCCGGCAUAUAGACUGGGAUCCCGGUUUUUAAGCGGAAUUCAAUGUUUUAGUUCUGUAAAUAUCAAAAUAAAUUGUUCAGCUCUCAGAAAUGAAA